CAGUCGUUCAUUUUAACGUUCUGUUCAAUUGAACCUGCUGUGAUCUGAACGCACGAACUGUGCGUAAUGAACUCAUCUUUUUAAUAUCUAGCAUAUCAAACCAUAUAAACAUCAUAUUGUUUUAAAUAUGGACAACGACGAAUUGUCUGCAAUUGACAUAGUUACAUUUGUAACUGAAGAGCUGCAGCAAAAUUACCUUAGUAAUCGUGACAAUAAAGCAAAAGUCUUUGAGGAAUUUCUGGGGCGAUGGGAGGCAAACGACAAUACCAUUGCAAAGGUGAAGUCUCUCAAUUUUGAGUUCGACGCUGAUUUGGAUUGGUUCAAUGUCAGUAGGCCAUUGACACUUGCUGGCUUACACGGAAAAAUUGUUGUGUUGGAUUUCUUUACAUACUGCUGCAUUAACUGUAUGCACGUAUUGCCAGAGCUUCGGGCUCUGGAAGAGAGAUUUCCAGUGGAAAGUGGACUUGUUGUAGUUGGCGUGCAUAGUCCGAAAUUCGAAAAUGAACGAACAGCAGCAAACAUUCUGUCGGCAGCGCUGCGAUACGGCAUUAAACAUCCCAUUGUUAACGACUCGAAAUCCGCUCUAUGGCGAGCACUGAGCAUUCGAUGUUGGCCUUCGCUUUUAGUUUUAAGUCCGAGCGGCUUGCCCAUGUUAUUGUUAAUGGGUGAAGGCCAUGGUGAGUUUCUUCGCGAUUUUGUUGGAGCGGCGCUACCCUAUUUUGAUAGUCAGCAAAAAAUCAACUUCUCCAGCUUACCGCUACAACUGUCAACAGAUCUUUUACCGGCUUCGAAUUUACGUUUCCCAGCAAAAAUUGCUAUGCUAUACGAUCAGUACGCUAUAGCUGAUGCUGGAAACAAUCGGGUGAUUGUCGUGACUAAUUGUGGGGUUGUAAAGUAUAAGAUCGGCGGAUUCGAGGCUGGGUUUGUGGACGGCACUUUAAAUACUGCGCGAUUCAAUAAUCCACAGGGUGUUGCCUUUCUUAAUAAAAAUACACUUAUUGUGGCUGAUACCGAUAAUCAUGCACUUCGGCAAAUUUCCCUGGACAAAGGAGUUGUUGAAACGUUAGCCGGAACAGGCACUCAAGGCAAUGAACGGACCGGUGGAAAAUUGGGGCCAUUGCAGCCACUAUCAUCACCGUGGGAUGUGUCGGUGUUUCGCACACGUGAUAUGGAUAUGUCAUUCCAUCUGGACGAGCUUAAUGUUCCCGAGAAAACGAUAGUGCUGAUAGCCAUGGCUGGCACUCAUCAGAUUUGGGGCUACUUUCCCGAAGGCAUAAUUUGGUGGAAAUUUCGAAAGUUUGAGCCACGUUGCUGCGUUUCGCUAAUUGGCAAUGGGCUUGAGGAAAAUCGAAACAACUCCUAUCCACAAAACGCAGCAUUUGCACAGCCUUCAGGCUUGGCCAUGUCCAGUGAUUAUCUUUAUAUAGCCGACAGCGAAAGCUCUAGCAUACGCAAAGCUUCAAUGGUCGAUGGUAAAGUGAUGCCUCUUGUUGGUGGAGAUCGGAAUCCGUUGAACCUAUUUGCGUUUGGAGAUGAAGACGGAAAACUGUACAAUGCGAAACUUCAGCACCCACUGGGCGUGGCGUAUAAUAAUAUCGAUCGCAAGCUUUAUGUGGCCGAUACGUAUAAUCACAAAAUCAAGGUAGUUGAUACUGAAACGAAUAUAAUUUCUACCCUAAGUAUAAAAAACAAAGAUGGUAGUACGCUGGUUCUUAGAGAGCCGUCAGGCCUUUGCGUUGAUGCUGAUAGAAAAAGGUUAUUAGUUGCUGAUACAAAUAACCACAGAAUUCAUAUAAUAGAUUUGACGACAUAUACAGCUGAACCUUUUAUCCUUGACUUUAAGCAAAUUUCUAGCACCAGCGAAACUGAUGCUCCGCGUGCUUUAUCAAAAGACAGUGCUUUACAGUUGGUAAAAAAGAUUUCUUUGCUUCAGCAUAGAUCGUGCAACAUUAAUUUCGUCAUGAAACUCUCGUCAGAGCUUAAAUAUACAUUGGAAGCGCCACAGAAGUGGGCGAUAAAAAUCAUAAGUCCGGGCUUGGAAAUAAAACAAUCAAAUGGCCUAUUAACUGACGGAAAAUGUAGCCUACAAGUUAAGAAUUCUUUAGAAAAUAUUAGGACUGAAGCCAUUGGUCAAAGCGAUUUAGCGAUUGAGUUUUCAUUAAGCCUUUGUGAUACCAAAAGCUGCCUUAUGAAAAAAUUUAUGGUCUACAUUGUAAGUGAACGUCCCGUAGAGGACUCGCCGUUACAACCUGCAAUCAGUAGAGAUAAUGCACUAGACGUGGAUAUUGGAAUACACAUAAAUCAAUCUAAUAUUAGUUUCUAUUAAUGUAUAGGAUUCUUAUUAAAUCA